AUGUCGAAUACCUCUUCCUCACAUGGUUCCUCGCGUGGGAUAGACUUUAGGCCGUCUACCCCCGACCAGACCCGACCUACGCUUUCUCGAUCGAACUCCCUGGCGCCGAAAUCAGAAUACCUACGGCAUGCGCUUCAAGCACGGAGGGCACAGGGUACGCCCACUCCUUCACCUCAGGAUAUCAAAGUGCCCCCACCACCAGCACAGAAGCCUCCGGAGAUAUGCACGCCUAAGACUUCGCCUGAUAUCUUUGAUCAAUUCGCCCUCACGGAAGAACAAAUGACCCCGGUUUCGCCCAUCCGACGACGUCGGCCCAGCGAUGCUCGUCCACCGCAGUCCAGGACGAGUCGAGAACUCACAGACGAGAUCGACAGAUUGAAGGAUACGCUCAUGACUGCCAACAUGCGGGUGGAGCUACUGAAGAAGGAUAACCGGGUGCUGCAGCAAAAUUUGACGGCCGCCAAAGAACAAGUGGAACGACUGGAACCACUAGAGGACCAGAACUAUGAGCUGACUGCGGAGAACAAGCAACUCAGACUCAAAAUGGAAAAGAUGGACGAAGAGAUGACGAAGCUGCGAGAAAUCGACGAGGAGCAUCGGAAGACCAACAUCGAGCUCACUGCUAUAGCAAGCGAGAGCGCGGCACACUGGACAGAUCACGAGCUCGCCAUCGAAGAAGCUGCCGAGACCAUCAUCAUGAUGGAGGAAGAGAAGGAGUUGCUUUCGGAAGAAGUUAAGCAACUCAAGCAGCGAGUCAUGGCUAUAGAAAGCCAUUCCCCCGCUAGCACGCUUGUCAACAGCCCUGGCAAAUUCCCACUUCGCGUCUUCAGUGUGGACGAGUCGCGGCCCUCUACUUCUCACUUCGACUCGGAUUAUUACAGCCAGCCUGAAUCGCCGCAAGCCAAGCAAAGCAGCGCGUCAAUUAGGUCGUUUACCCCUUCAGAACGGUCGAAGAAGUUCCUUGAUCUCAAAGAAGAGCGACGACGGUCUGCUCGUGAUCUGAGUGAGCGCAUGUCUGCAGUAUCCCUGAAGGCACUACGCGAUGCGUCUCUUUCUCCAACGCCAGAAGAAGUUCCCACAGUUCCUACGACCCUCCAGCAACAGGUUCCUUCCAUCGUAGCGGAUGAUAGAUCUGCCACUCCCUCCAGACGCCGAGAGCACGUUCGCCAAAUCGAUCAGCCACGCUCCUGA